AUGGCGAUCCAAGACAUCCAACCCAAUCAGAGGAGAAAGAUUAUUAUCUUCUCAGACUUUGAUGGCACGAUUUUCAUGCAGGAUACUGGCCACAUCCUAGUGGACCACCAUGGCUGCGGUGAAGCCUACCGCAACAAACUAGAAGAACAAUUCAAGACGGGCGAACGAUCCUUCCGCGAAAUCUCCGACGACAUGUGGGGAUCUCUCACAAUGCCCUUUGGCGAUGGCUUCGAGGUCAUGGAAAAGAACCUCCAGAUUGACCCGGGGUUCCAAGAAUUCCACCAAUAUUGUAAAGAAAACGGCUUCCCCUUCAACGUCAUCAGCGCCGGUCUCAAGCCCAUCCUGCAACGGGUCCUUGACAUCUUCCUCGGCGAGAAAGAGGCCUCCACAAUCGACAUCGUUGCAAACGACGUCCAAAUCACAGGCGGCAGCCCCUGGAAACCCGUCUGGCGCGACGAAUCAGAAUCAGGCCACGACAAAGCUAUGAGCGUCAACACCGCCAGACAACAAGCUCAGGCCGAAUGCACGCCCGACGAAAUCCCCCUAAUCGUCUUCAUCGGCGACGGCGUCAGCGACCUAGCCGCCGCCCGCGAAGCAGACGUUCUAUUCGCGCGCCGCGGUCUCCGCCUCGAAGAACACUGUCUGGAACAUGGCAUCUCCUACACACCGUUCGACACCUUUGCCGAUGUCAAGCGCGACGUGGAGGCCAUCUCGCGCGAGGAUCAGAAGAAGACCGGCGGCGUGGGUAAGCCGGUGAGGUAUAAUCCUCGUGCGAACAUGUGGAGACGGAUUUCUUCCAAGGAAGCUGUGCCGACCCUUAUGAAGAGUGCGACGCCUUCUCAGGAGGAGAAGAUGUUCCUUUGGCCGGAGACUUUCUCCGCACCGAGUACGUCUGCCACGGCUGCUUUGUCGGAUGGCCAUAAGCCUUCUACUAUUCAGGAGGAGGCUUGA